UAAGAAAAGACCUUUGAACAAAGACGCAAUCAGAUCAAGCAAACCACCUUGGUAGAUAAGAAACAAACAAAAAAUCAUAAUAUAUAAUCCACUAUACUGUAUAUGGUUAAGCAUUAACGUACCCCAAUACCAGCGUGCGCGCACUCUAAACGUGAACGAUUGGUUUUAAGGAAUGGAUGCGGAUAUGAUAGGUAGACGAGACAGUCAGAACAAAGCUUUCGCACAAUUCAGAUCAGGAAAUUGAUUUUAAUUUUCGACUGGUAGACAAAAGGAAUAUCGUUAAAACGUGGUGUAUUUUGGAAUAUUUCGAGAAACCAUACUAUUUACUGACACCGAGUUAAACGCCGUUUUCAGACCUUUAAUCAGAACUGAAAAACGCGAUACAGAAAACUUCCCACCAAAGAAUAUAAGGAUGGGGAAGAAAACAAAGACACAGCCCUAUCCUGAUACGACGAACUCUCAGCAGCAGCUCCACCAUCAUCAGCCCCCACCGGCCCGGGUAAGAAGGGCACCACGAGGUGUGAGCGUUAGUAUCUGCGUCAAAUACACCAUCUUCACAUUUAAUGUGAUCUUUUGGUUGUGUGGUGUAGCCAUCCUGGGUUUUGGUGUGUGGGGUCUCGUCUCGAAGAGCGUGUCCAGUGUGGAGGCCAUCGCCGAAGAGGUUGGAAUCAAGUUAGAUCCUAUGUAUGGGUUUAUUAUAAUCGGUGGAUGUAUCUUCAUAUUAGCAUUCUUGGGAUGUGUUGGAUCACUGAGAGAGAAUACCUGUUUACUGAAGCUCUAUGUUAUUAUACUGAUUCUCAUCUUCCUGGCUGAGGUUACCAUUGGCCUUCUCGUCUACUUCUAUCAAGAAAGAUUCUCAACACUUCUUGAUACCUGGGUGGAAAAGACUCUACUCAAUUACUUCGACGAUCCUGAUAGUCAGUUUUUGAUGGAUAACAUGCAGGAAGGCCUGGAGUGUUGUGGUGUUAAUACCCCUAAUGACUGGCAGAAAAACCCAUAUUUCAACUGUUCCUCGAUAGCACACUCCCGAUGUAGUGUUCCCUUUUCAUGCUGUGUACCCGACCCAACAACUAAUGUUAUCAAUUAUCAGUGUGGAUACGGUGUGUUAGAAUUACCCCAAUCAGAUUGGUAUCAGUUUAUUUACACCAUAGGUUGUGCUCAAGCUUUGACAGAUUGGUUCAAGACCAACGCCAUUCUCUUGGGUUGCAUUGGUGGCGCCCUAAUUCUUAUGCAGUCCAUCGCUAUUUGUCUUGCUCGUUCGCUGAUCGGUGAUGUCGAAGAGGUCAAAUCUUAUUGGUGAUAAAUUGCUUUUCGUUGCUUUUCGGGCAUAAAUAAUGUUUAUGUUUUUUAAUGGGGCUGGUACCCCACCAAAAUGAAUUCAUACCCCAAAAGGAUUUUAGGGUGUUCAAACUGCCAUUAGCCGAAAAAAAUGUAUGAGUUUAUAUGACCUCCUUUUAAUUUUAUUUCAUUUAGCUUUAAAUUUCAGAUUAAUUGCAUACUGUAAUAUAUCAGUACUGUUUUUACAUAGUUAGUAGUACAUUGCUAAUAUACUAGAAAUUAUUACAUGGAUCACUCCAUGUAAAGUGAAAGUAUAUGUAAUAAUGCAAUAUGCAAUAUUCCGACUAUUAUAAAUUACAAAAGGUAUAGUAUUUGGGAGGAAAUAUUGAAAAGUCCGCCUGUAAACGGUUCCGUUUGUCCUUUCCUCAAACACACAUAAUAAUGUCUAGUAAAGAGAUAAAGUUACAGGAGAAUUUCAGCUCGACUUUAUAUUCAGAUAUAACCCCCCCCCCCAAAAAAAAAAGAAGUUUGGAAUAUCAGUCCAACUCUGCUUGUAUUGGAUUGAUAUUUCCCUUGAUGAACAGUAUAGUUUUACGAGGUCUGAAGUGAUUUUUAUAUUUUUCUGUCAUAUUGUGUUUAUGAUUGUUUUGUUUCAGUGAGUAGUUUCUUCAUUAGCGUCACGUAAUGGAUAUUUUUUAUGUUGUUGUUUAAAGAGAAUUUUUUAAAUAUAUAUUUAACGAUAUUUGAGUGCCCAAAGAGCGUGUCAUUACAAGAAUAAAUCGUGAAAAUGAAUUAUUUUAAUUUACAUUUGCCCUCUUUAUAAUUAUUUUCUAUUAUUUAUUUCUGAAAAUACAUUCUUUAGAAAAUGAUAUUCUCUGUUUUUUCCUUGAUAACAAAUGGGUUAUAGCCCUUUUACUCCAGAACGUUCAGCAUACCAUUUCAAAGAAAAUCAAUGCGUAUUUCUAUGAAGAAAUGAAUUCGUCUUAUCGACUGGAAUGAUUUAUAAAUAUUUUUGUCAGAUUGAUCUGGUUUUUGCUUUUGGUAGGUUAGUUCUUCAAUAUCUUGUUUAAUCAAUCUGUAUGGAAAUUAUGCAUGUUUUCUCAAAAAUUGUUUAUAUGAGUAAUAUAUGACAGAUAUUACAAGUAUAUUACAGAUAAAACAAACAUGUUUAAGUCAUUGGCGUAAAUCCGUGACGUCAUACUAAUUCAAGUGGGGGUGAAACAAUAGAUCACCCCCCUGAAUCGCUUGCAUUUACGCCAGUAAUAUAAGUAUAAGUCUACGUAGAUUUGGCUAUAAAUUUUCAUAAUGAAUAAUGAUUUAUAAUAAUAAAUUAUUUAUGAUAAUAAGUAA